CUGUCCGAAAUUUUUGUUCAACGCAAGUUUUGUAAACUGUUUAGUCACGCUGUAGUCCUUAAUUAAGUCGACAAAUUAGCCUAAGGCAUGAGUAAAAAGAAUGACACAUAAUUGUUCAAUAUGGCUAAGUUUUCGUUGUCUAGAAUGAGAAAGAAAUUCAUGAGAUUACACCCCAUAUGGCGUAUCUAUUUAAUGGUGCUGUUUAUACUUAUUCUUUACAAUGAAGUAUUGAUUUAUGUUCUUCAAAAACUCAAGUGGUCGAAUAUUUACUGUAAAAAAGAAAAUUGUUUGCGAAUGUUGUUUGUUGGAGACCCGCAGAUAUUAGGUAACUCGUUCGAUACCCAUUUUUAUUCCGGGAUGGCCAAUUAUGAUUCGGACCGUUACUUAGCGUGGUACUAUGAAAGGGCCCUUGAGCAUGUGAGGCCGGAUGUCAUCUGUUUUCUGGGCGAUUUAAUGGAUGAAGGAAUAACUACAAAUGAAGACUACUUCAAAGAGUAUUAUGAGCGUUUUGGAGCGAUAUUCCCCAGACACGCGACCGCAAAGUUGAUCUAUGUAUCUGGAGAUAAUGACAUCGGAGGAGAAGGAGUAGAAGUGAAACCGUCGAUAGUGCGACGAUUUCGACAGUACUUUAGUGAGAAACCUGCCUGGAUCAUCAACGAGAAUAUUACGAUCUAUAAUAUCAAUCGUAUUACUCAUGAAAUGCCAUUGAAUGAUCCUCGACUUAUAAACGAACAAGGGGAUGAUGCAUCCGAUCAGUAUAUAAGAAUUUUUUUAAGCCAUAUGCCAUUUUUGAGUACGCCGGGAACGUUUACUUAUGAUGCAAUUGAAAAACUUAAGCCCAACGUAAUUUUUUCCGGUCAUUUACACUCCUCUCGGUACGUUCGAAUACACCGUAAACAUUUGCGAUCGGCUACCUACAUGCCGCUGAGUGGUGAUAAAAAGACUGCCUACAAGGUGCAUAACUUUGAUCUGCGGUAUCAUCAUGACACACAGGAAUUGUUGGAGAUCGUCAUACCGACUUGUUCCUACCGUAUGGGAGUGUCCGACAUUGGUUACGGUUUUGCGGUCAUAGACGGUACCAAUUUACAAUAUACGGUUCUCUGGACUACCAACCGUUUCCAUCAGUUGAUCUCCUAUGUGAUAGUGGUGUCCGUUCCGCUGAUCUUUCUUACGAUCACUUUGUUAUUUAAACUACUGAGAGCAAUCUGCAUUUGCAGCAAAGGGCGAACUAGACUUUCUGUUUGAAGAUUUUGUUUUAUCCGUAGGUACCUUAUUUUGUAAAUACUUGCAGCAUUAGUAGUAGUAAUCCAUCCUCACAGUGGAACUAAAAGUGAAAUUAUGACUGAUAUUUCUGUUUAAAGGACUUUUAAUUUUGAAGCAAUACAACGUGUUCUAUUUCAAGUGUUUUAAUUAUUUCCUAACUUAAGCCAGGUGUUUUUACAGAGCGUUUUUACAGUGUAUGAGACUACAAGUUUAUGAAUUGUUGAGCCUUCAAAUGGUAGCACCCAAU